UAGCCAUCGGCCAUCGUCUCUGACCUCCGGAUCGGCGAAUCUCCCCUACCUUCGUCUUCCUUCUCUACGUGCCAUGGCAACUGGAUCGGAUCGCUAGCGCCACCCCUCCCCAUCGAUGGAAAACACGGCAACAAGCUCACAGAAAAGUGUCUGAAAACACAGUGGGAGGAGCGGAAAAAAUGAAUCAUGAAGAAUGGGCUGAUCCUUGGUUUUCCGGAAGGCCGCAAGCGCCACCUUGGGAUGCAAUAGAGUACAAUCAACUCAUUUCCGCAGGACCAUUGCUGCCACUACUAGAGCAAUACACGAGCAUAGGUUCUUAUGACACAACCACACAGGCAGAGAUACCAUGGCAAGUUGCAACACAGGGGGCUAUCGGUGAUAGAUAUGCGGGAGACCAACUUCAAGUAGCAAAUGUGGCAAAUCAAGGACCAUCGUGCAACACAUUGCAACCGGAUACCUGCCAUCAACGUCUUACACAGGUUCUUAUGGUACAACCACACCAGCAGAGGUUUCGUGGCAAGAUGCACCAUUGCAGGCCAUCGGUAAUGCAGAUACAACACACCAACUUGAAGUGGCACACCAACUUCGAUUGGCACAUGUGGCACAACAAGGCACUUUGUGAACCAGGAAAACUCGUGCGUUUGCUUUAUGGAAAAACAUUGGGAAAUUGCACUUGACAUGGUGGUGGUGGCAACUAUAGUUGCCACCAAGUGAAUACGUCCAUUAGUCAUCUAUGAUCAUCUGGAUUUUCCAAUUACUCUAUAUGUAUUUGCCAUAUGAGAUUAUCUGCAUUUGCCUUGUAGGCUCAUAUCUAGAAUGCCUUUGAUGUUAAGAUGUUGAUUGCCAUGACUUGGUAAUUGCAGAUGCCAUAUUAUGUCAAUUGUAGCUGCCAUGGCUGGAGAACUGCAGUUGUCAUGCAUGGCCAAAUGCAGAUGCUUAAAGACUUGCAUAUAUGCAUGAUGUCAUGCCAAAA